CGUGCGCGGUGUGUACAUGUGUGUGUUCUCUCUGUGCUGCAGGUGGAAGAUGGCUUGUUUGUUCAGCCUCAGCAGCUCCAACAUGUCCGCAGACUUCUGAGACCUCCUGAACAGUUUACAGCAUGCAUAAUCACACACACACACAGAAACACACACACACACACACACACACGGCCGUCAUCUCCCUCAUCGGACUCUACUUGGUGUGUGUGAGUGAGUGUGUGUAUUUGUGUGUGCAGGGCACUCUCUGCUACAGGUCAUGCAAUGUGAGAUUUAUGUGUGACUUUAUCUUUGUUUUCCCAAUAGUUCAUUUUAACCGAGCAGAUUCUGACUUCAGAAGGGAUCUUCUUUACCUCUAUAAUGCCUGGCUCUUAUUACACUGCAAAUACCUGGUACGUCACCACGGCUCUAGCUGCGUUGUCGUCCGUGGCUCAUAUCGGCCAUGUGCUGGUCUGUUACAGGAAGCACAUCAAGAGGCUGUGGGUGGGAAACAGGAGCUUCCUGCCGGAAAAGUACCGCACGCCAAACUCUGCUGAUAGCGUGGGGAGGUGGGGUUUGGAAUUGGUCAGUUAGCUGUUCCCCUGAGACCCAGCCCUGCUCUUGGAGAUCUACCCCCCAUGGCUUCGCCCUGCCCCACUUUGCAGGGAGGUGGAUGUUCCAGAUCGUGGCUGCGCUUGCAAAGUACCCGGGUUCCCAGAUCGCCUUCGUGCUGUGGGGUUAUGAGAUUGUGCACAUCUGCCUCUUUCUGUUCGGCUUCGUGUUUGUGCAUCUGGUUGUUGAGCUGAUCCUAAAAGAUGGAUUUUUUUACUGGCUGCACAGUCUGGUUCUGCUUGUGUCGAAUUUCUUCAUUGUGAUGGGGCUGUUGAUGAUGCAGGUCCUGCUGGUUCGAUUUUUUUUCCUGCAGGACAAACUGUCACCUGAGGACCAGCAGAAGCCCCUGGCUCUCAACAACAGGAAAGCUUUCCACAACUUUAAUUACUUCUUCUUCUUCUACAACGUGAUCUUGGGUGUGGGGAGUUGCGUCUUACGACUGUUCGCCAACAGCUUCGUGGGUUUGCUGUUGGUGUCGCGCAUCGACAGGACCAUCAUGCCACGCGGCUACGAGCUCAUGGACAAGGGCUACCGUACGUGGAUAGGGAUGAUAAUGGCAGAUCAUUACCACAGCAACCCUAUUAUGGUCUGUUUCUGCCACCUGCUACUCAAACUAUCUGUGGAGAAACAGAGAGAUUCAAAGACUUAUUCACGCCUAAACAGCACCUCAGGCAGUCCAACAGAGGGCAGAGCACGCGCUCGCUGGCUUCUUGUCUACACUCUGCUGAGGAACCCCAAACUUGUCCUACUGAGGAGCAGACAAAAACGCAACCAUGAUAACCGGGGAGAGCUUGCCUUCGCCUGGGCUCUGACCUCACAGAUGCAGCAUGACAAGGACGCAUCCAUUGCACUAGGAGACUUGCCUGCGUGAGCUCUGUAUUUCCAUGGUUUUCUUAGAGUAACCAAAUUUCCAAACACACACACAACCAUGCACAGAUUAAAAUGUGCACUGGUAAAUUCUUUGGACACUUACCCUGCUUUCUAACUGACAAUGCACCACACUGAACCUUGUGUGGUUACAAAUUCCCUGGAUCAUACACCUGAGCUGCAAGAAAUCAGGCAAAAAUGUAUCAUUGUGUUCUGUAGGAUCUGAAUAAUUGUACCACUCUUCCAGUCCAGUAGCAGUGGAAAGGACAAACCUUUUAAAUUCAGGGGCUGACUGGCAACCCAGCACUUAUUGCCAUACGAGAAGAGGAAACAGGGUGGAAAAGUGCAUACGACAUGCUUCGGCGAUUUGACGUGAGCCAGUGCUGCCCAGCAAACUGGCCACUAUGCGGUGAAGAAUACUGCGCGUUAAUCUACCCCUAAAAUACGACACGACAGAAGAACCGGGAAUUAGCUGCGUUCGGUUUAAACGCUGAGUAACAGCUAAGAUAGUAAAUUAGCAACAGCUCCUAAACGUUCAAAUGGAAUUAUCACCUCUGCCAUGACUGGAAAUAAAGAACCUGACCCAAAAGACCUAUAUCUGCGAUGCACCGCUGCACAGGUUUUGUCCAACGAGCGCUGUGGCUGCGACGGUGAAAUUCCCGCGCACUAGGAUACAAUUCGGCCUGCUUCGUGCAGUACCUCGCACAGUUCCCAAGAUCCGCCACAGGGUGUCGCCAUAAAACUACGAAUGAUUCAGAAACAGCCCUCAGAAAAACAUCAAAAGCAAAUAAAAUUGCUGCCAAAACUAACAUAUAUGUAAAGUGUGAGAGUUUUAGGUCUUUGUGAGAGACAAAAUACUUUUCAAAACUGAAACUAAAACUACUGCCUUGCAGCAUUUUGAAAGCCAUGGCGUUUCAACGCACGCUUGCUGCCAUAUGUACUGCCCUUUCAAACACUAGCAUGUUUAAGUUCAUGUAAAUCAAAUCAUACAACGCUAGAAUUAUGCUUUGCUUGAUGGUGCGUGCGCAUAUGUGUUCCCAUCCACGUUGUCCCUGUUCAGGUGUUACGGUUACCAUGGCGAUAGCACUGCGUGGUUUUGGUUUAGUUUUGGCGCUGUCCAGUCAUGUGUUGCACUUUAUUGAAUUUACGUGUCUGGUUUCUCCCUGAGCUACCUGUGCAUAUACGUGUAUUCCUAUCUUGUUGGGUCGUACAUGAUAUUUUUCUAUGUGUCUCUCUUGCUUUUCCUUGCCUGCGGUCUCGCUACGUUUCGUAUCCUUACAUAUUUUCUGAUUCUGUGUCUCUGUCUCCCGUUUUAUUGUCCUUAAUAAACAUCACCGUGUUAAUACUACUUCGCCUCUACGACCGAGAUGACAGAUUUAGGCAUAUUAUUACAAUUUUGUUGUUGUUGUUGUUGUUACUAUUGCUGCACGUUUUUACAUAGUUUUGUAUUUGUCAGGAUUAUACAUUAUAGCUCAAACUAUAAUCUUACGGAUUUAGAGUAGAUUCCGCUAUUAUUGCGACACAUUCAUUUUUAAGGACCUUAUUAAA